AUGGACAUAGGGGGAAAGUUUGGAAUUUAUCAAAAAAAGAUUCAGCCAACAGUGCCGAGAAGAGGGCUGGCGGCUGUUGCCCACUUCCUUUUCGGCCCUCCCCGUCUCCAUCAACAGCUGCAAAGUGAGAGGGACUUAGCCCUGGCGAUUGCUCAGUGUGGCUUGGAUAAUAAUGAAAAAGUGCACAUGAGAAUUCUGCAAACAAUCUACAAGAAAUUAACAGGAUCCCGAUUUGAUUGUGCCCGCUAUGGAUCUCAUUGGGAAGAUCUGGGGUUCCAAGGGACAGAUCCUGGCACAGAUCUGCGUGGGACUGGAUUGCUAGGACUGAUGCAAACGCUGUAUUUUGUGAUGGAUUCUCGGAUAUUACCUCUGGCACGAGAGAUUUUCAAGCUAUCCCAUCAUGAAAUGCAGAAUUUCCCUUUCUGCGUGAUGUCAAUCAAUAUUACCCGAAUUGUGAUCCAGGUCCUGAGGGAAGAACGCCUUUCCAGAGAGUGUAAUCGAAGGCAGCAGGUCAUUGCAGUGCUAAACGAUUUGUACGUGGCUAUAUUUUUGCGCCUCUUCAACAUCUGGAAGACACAACAGAAGACAAUUUCUGACUCUGGUUUUGUUCUAAAAGAACUGGAGGCAUUUGCCAAAAGGAACCCUAAGCAACUGCUCAGACACCUGGAGAUGUACCUGAAUGGGAGUGCUGUGCUGGAAGACGGCUUUCAAACCCAUGCUGUCUCAUCUGAGGUUUUUGGUCCCAUCUUAAGCUCUGUUAGUAACAGUAAAGAGGCCAGUUUUACCGGAGUGUGUGACCUGCCAACUGAGACAGAGCAAGAGAGCUGAUCUGCAUUCCGAAGGAUGGGAAAGUCCUUUGUACAUGAUUAAUCAACAGCGCUGGUUGGUAUGGUCUCCUAAGGGCUUCCUUGGCUGCUGCAAGAGGGCACGCAGGAGUCUGAAGGGCUGGAGUUCUUGACCUACUGCUCGAGUAGACCGCAGGGCUUCAGUGUGGGUCGGAGCCGCUAAGCGAGGUAUAGCGAGAGCCCUGGGGGUGGAGUCUGGGAUCAAGAGCAAACUUUCAUUCUAGAAUGCCAAUCCAGGCAGGAUUCAUUCGCCCCAAUUUUGUAGCACUCUGUUGCCAAGUCAUCCCACUUUGCAGUGGGAGUGUAAAUUUGAAAUAAAAAAAUCCUCCUGUACCCUGAAAAUAAAAUGUUCUUCCAGUUUCCAAUGCUGAGCAGGACAUCAGUUUGUUAGGUGCUUUAAAAAAUAAAAAUCUGUGCUUUGCAUUUUGGAACUUCAGCUUAAAGUGAACCUUGAACUGCUGUAUCAGAUGCUAAUCAUGGGGACUUGGGGCUUUUAUUUUUCCUUCCCCAGCUAGGAUUUCAUCUGGGACUACACGAGUUAUUGAAUCAUUUUAUUCCAUCCCUUUGAACGCAUAGAUCCUCCAUCGUCGUGUGCCUGGUGACAUAUUUUUGUUCAAUGAGAUUGUCAAGAGGUACUGCUAUAUAUGUGUGCCUGCCCAACUUACGUGCUGUUAAGGGUGGUAAUGGGCAACCAGCAAUGACAUGAUAGCUGCUUCAAAGCUGACCAUCUGUCGGCCGGAACCACAGGGCAAGGUCUGCGGCUCCCAGCCAUGUGGUAGACCCUGUGUGGUGACCCACCUGGCUUCCUUGAAUGAUGAGUGUUGGUGGGGAGGUAAUGCCGGGACCCUACUGUAUGAUUGAAGCCUUUGGACGAGUGUUGUUUUGUGCAAUUAUAGCUGCCAUGGCAUGGCUUUUGCCGUGUGGUUCCCAGAGACUUAUUUCCACCCCAAGGUAUUGAGACAUGCUGGUUGGCGCACCAGCUGUAUAUGUAAAGUGGUAACCCUGGCUGAUGACGGGGUUUUCUAUUAAACCAAUUACAGUCUUCAAC